AUGAACAGUUCCUGCUCGGAUGAUAGCUCGAUGGGAAGCAGUGCAACGAAUUCCUUGUUCAACUUGUCUACUGUGACAAAUGAGCAGAUGAAUUCUCCAACAUCUCCUUUCAGCCCCCUAGAAAGAACAAUGAGGUUUAGAUUUUUGAUGGGCGCUCAUAUAUGUUUGCAAGAGGAUUAUAUUAAUUUGUAGAUGGAAACAAGCCAAAAGUGAUCCGCAAAACGAGGAAGAGUUUGGAUCUAUUGCUCAGACCUACGAUCAGCCGCUCAUUUUCAAGUUCUACCACCCGCCGUCAGAUCCGGCAAAAGUAGUGGCAAGGAUUGGAGGCAAGAUCUGAAAACGUUAAGGUUUGUUUAAAUAAAAUCAACUUAAGAUUAUGAAGACGUGCCGGUUGACGAGUGGCUGAACUGUUUGGGUACACAAGAGGAGCUUCUUUCAUCCAACAACGUUCAUAUUGAAAUCGACGUGUUUGAAGCGAAACCCAUUUGGGAAGUUAAGGUUUGUAAAUGUUUUGCUUGUGGAUUAAGCCAUGUGAGUUCGAACUUUGAGGUGGCAUUUGACGAAUUGUUGGACAAACAGCCGCCACGAAAUACCGUUGCUCGACUUGUGAUUUCUUUAUUCGAUUUCAAAUAUGCUGACAAGUUUGCCCCCGCUUUGAAAAAGCAUUAUGGAAGGUCCAUGAAAUUUAUUAAAAAUUCCAUCUUAUUUCAUUUUUUUCAGACUUUUCGAGCUUAACGUGGGCAUUCCAAACAAGCGGAUAAAACCUCAGGUGUUUAUUACAAAUAUUUUUGGAAUUUCUUUUCUCUCUAGAGUCCUGAUUUUGAAGCAGAAUGUGUGAUGGAAUUACUCCAUCAGCUUUUGAAAGAUCCAUUCGAAGGAUCUCCUAGGACUUUAAGGUUUUUUUUUCAGGUGUAACUGAUGAAUUUAUCAAUCUUCAGAGUUCUUCGUGUCUUCCCUUUUUUGUGUGUUGGUGAAGAUCUGGCCAGGCUCAUAAAUGGAUGCAGGAAUUUCAAGCAUCUCACACUAUCCAAUGUGAUUUUCUGAUUUGAAGUAUCCGGCAAUAACUCCUUUUUUGCAGAUUUCAUCCAUGAAAAAAGGAAACUUCAAUAAAGUUCACUCGAUUCUUCUGGAUGGCUGUGAUAUGGCGGACACUUGGCACGAUAAAGAUUAUGCCAAGGUCUUUUCAAGCUUAUCGAAGUCUUUUUCUGUAGUCUGCGAGCCAAAUUUUUUAUUUUUCUUUACAGAAAAUGACGAUUCUCUUCCCAGAAGCUGUUUAUUUCGGGUUCACGCGUUGUGCUUUCGAUGUGAUCAAUACCGCACUCAAGUUAUUUUUUCUUUUUUAUUUGAAUAUAAUUUUAUCGAUUCAUUCAUAAGGAAUCAAAUCAAUAAAAUAUCGCGAGGUUUUUCACUUUCGUAUAAAGCACUUUCUGAAAUUCUAAAAGAAAUUAUCGAUCGUAGUGAUCCGAACUUGCACUUUUCUUUUUAUUUCAGAACUUUCGCUUCUGACAGAAUCGGCGAGAAACGGGAUUCGGUACAUUUUUAUCAGUCGUACCCUGAUUUCGAGAAGUAAUCAAGUUCAAAUAGUUUCAAUUUUUCGGUUUUCAAGGUUUCUGAUGGUCGCCACUAGCUGGUUUGAGAAGAUCGGCGAGAAUCGGCAGGAAAAAACCAUCGAGGUUUUUUUCUUCUUUUUCUUAUUAGCAAGUGAUUUUUACAUUAAAUUCAAGUUGUAUUUUAUGAAAAAAAGAAGGGAAGCGACGAUACUGUAAGUCUAAAAAAAUUGAUGGAAGUUUCUCGACUGAUUUUUCAAAUAGUUUAUUUUUAAAAAAAGGUCGUUUUUCUAGUGAAUUAAUACUAAAAAAAUUGCAUGUAGAUUGAAGUGAGACACAAAAAAAGUUCUGAAAUAACGAAAAUAGAUUUUUCAUGCAAGUUUUAAUUUGAAAUUUUUUUAAAAGUAGCUCAGUGCAAACUAAAAAAAGAUUUUUUUGAAUGCCAAAUAAAGAUUUUUUUAAUGGUAGAAAUUUUUUUAUUAACCCUAAGGAUAAAAAAAUUUUUUUACUGAAGCUGUCACCUGGAAGAAAGUUGAAAAAAAGUCCAUUAUAAAGAUUAUUUGCAGCUGAUUGGUCAUGAGGGAGGUCCUCGCGUCGUUGUUCAUUCGUGCGAUUCCAUGUACCGCGUUCCACUUUCUUGA